UAUCAACCAACGGAGUAAAAAAUACACCAAGUUACCCCGUGGGUUAUAGGAUCGGUUUGCUGUGGGGAGAUAUUUUGCGCAAAAACAAUCGCAGAUUACAGAAUGCCGUUACGUAAUAAGUUACGGUGAAAGUCACGGACAAUUUGCAAGGAAUAUGGCUCGGCGAAUGGCAAUAACUUAUGUCAAUAAUGUCAAUAAAUCAUGGCAAUAAUUGAUGGGGUAAGUCACGGACAAUUGCAUUGAAUAUGGCUCGGCGAAUGAUCGUGCACAGCAGUCCCAUUGCGGACCGCCGCCGUGAACGACGCGUUUGCACACAAAGCCACACGUCGCCUUCCGUAAACAAAAAUAUAUAUAUGCUGUACCAACGGUGAAUAUAAUGGAAGAACUAGAAUAACAAGAGUGAUAGCAUGGGAAAUAAACUAUGUUGGGAGAAGCCGUUCCGACCAGGUCCUCCGCCUCGUGAGGCGAGGUUACUGUGGGGAGCUGUCAUUGGCGGGGUUCUAACCGAUUCCAAAUGUCACGAUUAAAGUACAACUCCGAUUCGCACGUCGAUUCCCCCCCCCCCCACUUCCAAUCUACAAUAUGGAAUCAAUACCGGAAUCUAAAUAAAAUCGGUUCGCACGCCACCCAAAGCACGAUUCCAUUCACGAAAAGCGAGCUCGGGAAUCGAUUCGAGCGUUCGUCGAAUCGGUGCGUCACGAACCAGCGACGUGUAGGGUUUCACCGCGGACCCAAUCAGCGCCGCGCGAGUCGCUGAGGCGGCGUCGGCCGAAGCCGUCGUCAGCGCCCCUCGCUGCCGCUCCGUCUCCCCGAGGACAGCAGAGCGGGAAUGUCGAUGUCGAGCGGAGGUCUUGGGUGAGCUGCAGGGACGUCCAGCCGCAGGCGACGAGAAACUCAUCUCGCCGACGGGGGGAGGGGGGGCCCUCCUCCUCCUCCUCCUCUGUGUCAUUGCUAGGGCAGCUAUGAGCCAUGGGCUACGAGGUGACUCGGUUUGAAGGAGGAGUGGAUGAGGAGCUCAUCUGCCCCAUCUGCAGUGGUGUUCUUGAAGAACCUCUGCAGGCCCCGCAGUGCGAGCAUGCGUUCUGCAGCGCCUGCAUCCACCAGUGGCUCCUGCGGCAGCAGACGUGCCCCGUGGACCGCAGCGUGGUGACGCCGGCGCACCUGAAGCCCGUGCCGCGCAUCAUGCGCAACAUGCUGUCCAAGCUGACGAUCCGCUGCGAGAACGCGCCGUCGGGCUGCACCGCCAUGCUGCGCCUAGACCUUCUGGCGUCACACCUCGCUGACUGCGAGCACAACCCCAAGCGGCCCGUGCCGUGCGAGCAGGGCUGCGGGCUGAUCGUCCCCAAGGACGAGAUGAAUGGCCACGUGUGCGUGCGAGACCUCCGGGCCCUCGUGCUCACUCAGCAGCACAAGCUGAGCGACCUGGAGAAGAUGGCGGCGGAGCACCGGCACCAGCUUGCCGAGCAGAAGCGGGAGAUCCAGCUGCUGAAGGAGUACAUGCGGGCCCUGAGGAACUCCACCGCAGUCCCACGCAGCAUUGAGCAGCCCUCUGAGCAGAACGAAGUGUUGGGGUGGGUCAACGCGCUGCAGCCGGCGCGCGUCACUCGCUGGGGCGGCAUGAUCUCGACGCCGGACGCCGUGCUGCAGGCCGUCAUCAAGCGCUCGCUGCUCGAGAGCGGCUGCCCGCUCGCCGUCGUCACGGGCCUCAUCGAGAACUCCCACGAGCGCAAGUGGCCGCCGGGCCUGAGCACGCUGGAGACGCGGCAGAUGAACCGCCGCUACUACGAGAACUACGUGACCAAGCGCGUGCCGGGCAAGCAGGCCGUGGUGGCGAUGGCGUUGGAGAACCAGCACAUGGGAGACGACAUGAUCGUGGAGCCGGGCCUCGUCAUGAUCUUCGCGCACGGGGUGGAAGACGUAUAACGCGUGCGUGUGUCGGGCAGAAAGGGCCGGGCGCUUGCGCGCUCGCUUUCCGGCCGUUCAGCGGACAUCUGCCACCGGGGGGCGUCCCCCUGAUGCUUGGACGGAUCCUAGAGGUACUUUUUUUUAUAUAUACAGUUGCUGGGCACAGGCCCAAAGGCACCAUAAGAUCAAAUGGCCAGCAACAAAUUGUCACUAUCAAAAUUGUAAUAGAUGAGGGUUUCUUGGAUUGAGUUAGCGAUUGUGAAAAGAGGCGAUGGGAGGAAAUUCUAAAGUGAAGCAGUGGGGGGGGAUGGGGGGAGCAGGAAGAGAGUUGCAGCGACCUGCAGUCUGGUGGUUGAACGCAGAGUGGAUGAGAAGAAGUGGUCAGUCUGGAAGACCAGAUUCCUCAACAUGGCUGGAGGAAUCAAUGUCCGAAUCACUGCAAUGGAGGCACGGUAUAAAUACUGAUGAUUUAUGAGGAAGGAUUGAGCCGUUAUCUCUGGAGUCUAACUUCAAAUAAUAAUACAAAAUAUUUAGAGAAAAACAAUUUCCCCACCAUUUUCCAAUCGUGCCAUCGGCGUUGUGAGGCGAGACAAACAGAUUCCCUUCGGGGUUCUUCUGCCAGCGAAGGGGUCUCGCGUCACGUCGACUCGGAGAGCGGCCCCCUCCCCGAAGGUGACGUCGCAGAGCCCCGGCACAGGGCUAGGCUGUUCAACUACCACUUCAGGAUCCAGUUUAAUCACAAGCGGCUGCAACCUGGGAUUGAACCCGGGUCCCCAUUGCUGCCGGCUCAGUGCUCCAACACGGCUGUUAUCCCUCUGAGCCACUUGGACACUUCCAGCCUCGAGAGACUUCUCAAGAAUGUGUGGAGCCUCACAAUGACUUACUUCUUGCAGCUCUGGGACGAUGGUUUGAGGGUUUUUUUGUUUCCAGAAGCAACGUCAACGGUUUCAAGUAAAAUGUCAAAAGAAAGGGAAAACCGAUACCCAGCAAACUACACUACCGGCCAUCGCGAGGUCAGGGAGCGACCCUCGGCGUGACGCGUCUCACCUGGUGACAUGAAGGUCACAAAAAAACUCAACAAAAUAUUCUGAAUGCUGAAAUAAAGUUCUAUUUUCACAGAAGCUGUGGUUUUAGUAAAUGCAAUGUGAAAUAUGAUACAUGACAUGUGGUGGAGAGGGAGAAGGUUUGAUUUCGAUGAAUACUUUGGGGAAAUAUAUUUAAAUUUGUUUAACGUUUCCUUAUUUGUAUCAUUAUUUCCCAUGUGUCAGUGUCAAAUAAUUUGACUUCUGUAACCCACAGAUUUCUGUCUUUGUCCUGUAACUUCCAACGCGAACGGAUCUCUUGUUGCUUCAGAUUAUCGUGGCAAGUGCUGCGAGCGUAAGCGAAACACGUCGUGACUUGGUUUGGUUAUUUAAGAACGCAUCCGUGUAAAGUGAUAUAUGUGCUUGAGUGGUGAGAGUGAUGAAAAUUUAAAUGCAGAACACUUGAGAGCGUCAGGAUAAAAGCCUCAAUUUUACUCGAGAGUUUCCAAGUUUCGUCUCAUGCUGGCGCCCACCAGCGUUGAGUUUUAACUUUGUUUUGUUCAACUGGGCGAGUACUCUUGAGUGGCAGCGUUGCCCUUGCAUCUCAGCCUGAUUAAACUGCACAACCCCAGCAGGGAUGCACUUGUCAGAGUAGGGACAGGAUUUCCGAGUGGAGAUAUAUUCUACUUCGCUGCGUGUGAACAUGAAAAAUAAUCUAAAAUUAAAAACGAAAUACUUUGGCAUAACGUUAGAUUGCGAUAAGUGUGUAUCAUUUGCCCACGAAGCUUUCGAAAUACUGGCCAUUCUUUCCAUCCUGUUUGAGUCGGAAAUAUAAUCAUCACCAUCCAAUAAUCAUCAGUCAUGUUUGUUUCUGAUUGACAGCGUCGUCGUGAUCACCAUUGCUUUAACAGGGUUGUCCUGAUGAUAGUUCCACAAUUCUCGAUCUUCCAAAAGUGUCUUUGAUGUUACUCCAAUUUACCCCUCCCUCCCAAAACGUCCCUGUCUUUUCAUUCCACAUUUCCCUCGACCUGCCCGCGUAUCUCCCACCCCCAUAUGCCGAUCCUGGUCACCUCUCUUCAUUCUCGUGUCUGGACCACUUCAGUCUGAACUUUUUGCACCCACGUGAUUUUAGUACAAACUCGCGCAACCUCCGGCGGCGUGGUUUUCAUGUCCAAACACAUCUCUCGUGCCGCUUAUUGGGUGCAUGGUGGCGCUUAAAGUAACACACCGAAGUCUGCUCAAUAGGUCAUUUAACAAAGUGGCUCACCUUUGCACUUAAGUAAACAGUGAACUAUUAAGGAAAUGUCAGUCACCUUAUUGUUUUGCUAUUGUGAUGCAGUGUUCAUGCAAACGGCGGUGAGAGUUGUAUCGUUUGUGCUUGUGCACCACUGCCAACACGGUCCCUUCGCUCGGUGCUCAACUACAUUGGCCGUUCGUAGAACACAACCAAACACUCAAGUUAUAUGUAUUCUUAGGAAGGAGUCUGCUCAAAGGAGUGUUUGAAAGCAAUGCUGCUGUGGGCAACAGUAGUACAAACUGUGAGCAUGUGACGAUUCAAAUCGGUUCUUACGCUCGCGAAUAUCUGCAUCAAACACUGCCCUUGAGAAUGUUUUCACGACGUCUGUAGCAUGACAUGGAAACGACACGACUGACUGGCACGUUCUUGCCACCCGCUAUUUAUUAAUAUAUUUAUUGUUGUCAUCAUCGUCGUCAUUAUUCACUUUACAUCCCAGUGCAGAAACGGUACAAACGAGGCAGUUAAGAGAAAAACACAACAACGAGUAGGAGGUGUAAACAACGGAGCGACGUCAGCCGAAGCGGCACCGUCGAAGGGGGUAGUCGUGCUGCACGUGGGCGCAGCAGGCGGAUUGUCGGUAGCCGGCAGGAGUCGCCGCUGGUGGUGUUGGCGCACUCGUGUGCAUCGCACGAGUUGCGAAAAACAAGGACGAUUGAACACUUUAGACGUACAUACACUCGUGGCUUGAGUACGACAAUUCUCAACUCGGUGAUCCACUUCCCUCCUCGUGCGGUCACUCGUCAACACCAGAGAUGUACAGAGCGCGCGCGCGCGUUUCAUCAGCAGCCCGCAUAUACAUUUCCACACGAACUCAUGUAGCGAUAGUGUUUGUUGCAUAUGGAGGUGAGCAACUCGGGAGGUUGGGAAUAAAGCUUGGCAAGAAAGUGCCGCGUAGAAGUCGGGAGAGAGGGAGGUGGUGGCGGGUGGGACGCGUGUUGCAGGGCGCAGGAGGAGGGGACACCCGGGGCGGACGUUAGCGCAGUGGCGAGCCCGAGGUGAGCGACAGAGCGAGGCGCAAGACCUCCAGCCCUGCGAUGUCCUGGCGUGUUGAUGCGACUCGAGGAGGAGUGGGUCCUUCGGAGGUCGGGUGGCGAUCAUUUGGCAACGGUUUGCAGUGCAGUGACUUGCAGCGGAGCAAAGCAAUAGCGACGCCUUUAUGGGUUGUGCAGUUCGAUUGGGUGAUGGAGAGAGUUGAACAACGCUGACCAACGCUAAUAGGGAGAUGAUGCCGCGCAUAAUAUCUCGUCGGAAGGUGCAAUUGUAACCCAGCUGCACCUGCAACUAUUAGAACUUGGGCUUUUCCCCUGAUAGCCCUUACGGUUUUAUGUGUUUUGUACGAUAUAUGCACACGCGCACAUAUGUUACAAGGUAGAAGUGAAAUAUGAACUAUUCUGUGGAGCUGAAUGAAUGAUCGAUGUCUGAGGAAUGCCCCGUGUCCAUACACAUGUUCCGUGUCCAUGAACUAUGUCCAAAUACAAGCGGUGAUCAGAAGGCCUCUGUCCCGAUAUUGUUAGAAGGAUUAGCAUUUCGAAGCGGAAGAGUCAGUUUCAGCUUUUGCAUUCGUUUGAAAUAAUCACUCUUGUUGUGUGUUCAUCAAAAAACGAGACAUCUGAGCUGAGAGCAGGCCUAUGUUCACAAUGAAGCCAUGCUGCCACAGGAAGUCCAUACUGACGAUGGAAUCCUUAGAAUAAUCUACCACAUUUGUGUUCCAUGGUUAAGCGGUGGUGUCCAGGAUUUAAAUACGGGAGGGAAUCUUGAGAUCCGUGUUUGGGCACCCUCCACCAUUUACAAUUUGUGAAUGCCAAUUAAAUUCGUAAUCUCCUGAAAUUCCUCUGCAUAAUUUGAUCAUAAGGAAUAUUUCCGAGUCUGUCGGCCCUUUUACGUGUUUCACAAGCGUUAACAACCGACAGUUUUGUGGUAAACAAUGUCUCUGGUUGCCCAGAAUCUUGACCAUCAACUAGAAGUGAACCAGAGUACGGGCAUGGUCAGGUGCUGCAGGGAAAUCCAGGACCUGUUUGUGACAGGUUUGUGGCAGUAUAUGAUAUAGUGGCUUUCCUUAUCUUGAAUGCAGAAUCGAAGGCCAGAGAUUUAACUGGAAACAAUGGAUUCGCCUCUUCUGACCUCUUCUGGCAAAGUGAUAGCCUCUGGUGAGAUGCAGUUAAAGCCAUUCCGACUUUAUAACUCACAGGCUUCACCACAGGCUGUGCGGGUUCUUCUCAAGCCCCCACCCAGCUGGAUAAACAAAGCUGGGUGGGGAUGAUUCAAGCCUUGGAAUAUUGUAGGACCAAGUGCAUUGCACGUCAAGGGAAAGGUGUAAACAACCGUUUCGUUAAGGUCACUUUGUUUUCCCUGUCAAUCGGAAUCAGAAUAUGUAUUUAUACUGGAGGAAUCCGAUGAGCUAUAAAGCUCUUUAACACGUCCAGUCGGUGCGCGUCAGAACGUUACAACAACAAAUAGUACAAAAACACGAUAGGAGUGCCAAGUAUUGUAAAGGAAAACAAAUCACUUAAACAUAUACAACUAAAAGUAAGCUGUGUUUUAUCUUGCCAGGUAAAGCCCACUGAGCUGUUAGCUUAUUGUUCAAAAGCGGCCUGGCCACAAACGAUAGCUCAACGAUGUGGCUUAUGUUGACAUUUAUAUCAUAAAAAUAAUCUAAACAAUCUAGGUUCUCUAUCACUCCUUGUAUGCGUGACUGAAAAACAAAUCGCUCCAAACAGCUGAACACUUGCUCCUCGUUCACAGACCGCUGCUGGUUCACAGAUUCCGCUAUCAGUAGGCAAGUUGUUCACAGUCAACAGUGGUAAAGGUAAUAAUCAUCUCUCUACCCGUUGAUGAUUGCCAUUUACGUACCAAUGAGGCUAUUUACGUCGCUUGUUCAUUUCGCUCUACACUGACGUUGCUCAUCAUUUACGUUUGUUUACUGCGAGUUGGCUGGCAAUUGUCAGAGGCUGCCUGCUGCUGCUGCUGGAGCAAAGUUGUAAUGUAGAGAGAUCCGAUGCCGAAAUGAUUAAAGGUAUCCUGGGAGUCA